AUGGCCAAAAAGAAGAAGGUAGCCAAGGUCGAGGGCGAAGUGGCUCGAGAACUAGUGUACGAUGCACUGGUGCGGGCGCUCCCUGACCUAUCUGUGGGCGGUCUGCUGAGAGAUGAAAAGCCCGAGGGCCCCCGGUCGUUUGAGAGGCCGGCAACCACCGCAGACCAAAUCAACGUGUUUAUUGCGCAAGACGAGAAGCGUAUUCUCGAUAUUAUGGCCGAUCUCAAGACGGAGCUGGGGAAUGAGACCUACAAUAUGCUAAUUGGAGGUCAGGAGAGGUCGUUUAUCGACAUGCAAAGCAUAGCGGCCAAAAAGCCGGGUAAAACCUGGCUGGAAUAUAUCAAAGAGGAAAACGAGCAGAUUGGACGACAAAAAUAUACAAGGGCGCCUUUGGCAGCAAACGAAAUGGAUCUUUUGAAGGAAAUCGAUAUGGACAAGCUGUAUUCUCUGCUCACCCCUCAAGAACAGCAGGUUCUGGAGCAAAGUGGAGCGUUCCAUUCAACCAAAUUGCCGGCUGAAACCUACAUUGAUCGAUUCAUGAUCCCGUACACCCGGUACGAGGAAGCCAUUUAUCCACCGGUCGCUGAUGUCGAGGUGCACAGCCGAGCCUGCACUGAUCUGAUCGUGGGGCAGCACGCCGCCGACGAGCUACAGUACAUCGAGACCGCUCUGAGGCCCCAGGAGGCUCGUAAUCUUGCUGCCGAGCUCUACUAUGCCCUGCGUGCAGGCAGACCAAUAACCCACCUUGGGUUCAGCGAUCUUGUUUCCGACGCCAUUGGGCCGUCGAACCUCAAUCGAUACCUUCUUUCCGCCGACGCAUCGUUCAAGUACAGCACGGCCCAGUACAUCAAGGUCUAUGAGGCCUUGCGUGAAGCCAAACUCCAGUACGAGGUCGAUCUGCUGUGUGCCCGGUUCGAGGGCAUAUACGCGGCAACCGACGCCAAUUCCAGAGUACGCAAGCACUUGCCGCAGGAAAUCCUCGAUACUAUGGACCAGUCGAACGUGUUUGGCAGUAUCUAA